UCUGUACAGUUGACAAGAGCGAAAAUGGUUCAGGUCAGGAAUCCAAUACAAAGUGGGCCACUUAUGCACAAUUGGAAAUUGCCACCAGCCUCCAUGACAGUGAUGUGUUUAUAUCCCAGUCACCCAAUGAACUGCCUUGAAAUAGCAAACUGUAUUGUCUUCGCGAAUGAUUUCCCAUCUGAUAAGUAAGUAUUCGAUUGUGUCACUUUGUGUGAUUGCCGGUGUUCACCUUCCAUUCUAUACCUAAUUUUAUCCAGGAGGGAUUAAAAUAUUUGGAUUCCAUGGGGUGGUCUCCAUAAGCUAUUUGUUACUCUUCCUCUCUCUUUUUCCCAGGACUAGUAUAUAAAGAGGAGGGAGCUUUUGUGCUAUCUUCAGACAAAAGCCUACAAGGAAAAGGAGAGAUCAAGAGAGAGGUGAGGGAGCUCCACCGAAAGGGGAGCAGCCAGCAUGCAGGAGCAUGGUGGACAAGAAGAUGACAUAGGGAGUGGAUGCAGUAGGAGGAGCACGGUUGGAUCAGAUGCAACCAUGGGCGGCACAGAAAUCAAGCUGCAAGCUUUAAGGUUCGCAGAGGACCUCUCCCUCCCUUCGGUGCAGGUGGUGGUGAUGAGCGCCAACAUGGGCUGUUCGCACUGCCGACAGCGGGUCACCAAGGUGGUAACCAAGAUGAACGCAGGGCUGCUGGACUACAUGGUGGAUUUCGGGAAGAAGGAAGUGACGGUGAGGGGGACGGUGCUGCACACCAAAAAGAAGAGCAAGAAGAGGAAGAAGCACAAGGAGGAUGAUAAUAAUGGAGCUGUUGACAGCAGCUGGGAGAAUAGAUCGUCGUCCUCCUCCUCCUCAUCUUCGCUUGCUUCCAACCAAAGCUCCAGGACAUUGUCCUGGUUCUUGGGAUGCUACGGUUCAUAGCUAGCUGGUAGAAUAAAGUUUAGUUAUUACUGUUGUGAUCUAGUUGUAUUUCUUUUUACUUCUUAUUCUUUCUUUACAUAUAUUUUGUAUUUUUUCUGGGAAAUAAUGUAUGCUUGUAUAGCAAUGUGUAUAUCAUUUCCUCGCAUGGACGCUGUCCUAUAGCUAUAAUCCCAUGUUUUUGCAAGACA